AUGGCCCACCCUCCCCAAGAUGCCUUCCAAAUUGGCUGGAUCUGUGCUCUUCCGAUUGAGGCUGCAGCCGCCGCCGAAAUGCUAGAUGAGCACUUUGGGAUUCUCGAAGACCAAGAUGCAGCGGACUCAAAUACCUACACGUUAGGCCGAAUCAGUAAACAUUACGUUGUGAUCGCCUGCCUCCCUGGAGGCCAGUACGGAACCACAUCCGCUACGACGGUCGCAAAUAACAUGCUUCGCACCUUCUCCAGGUCACUUCGAAUAGGAUUGAUGGUCGGUGUUGGGGGUGGAAUCCCUUCAGAUAUCCAUGAUAUCCGCCUCGGCGAUGUCGUGAUUAGCUACCCCCAAGAAACUUGUGGUGGGGUGAUUCAAUAUGAUAUGGGCAAGAUUAUUGAAGAUGGAAAAUUCGAACGAACUGGCUCGUUGAAUAGUCCGCCAAGGGCACUGUUAACUGCAAUUGGCACUAUGAGAGCUGCCGAGCUGAGAGAUAACCCCCGCUACCCUGAAUAUCUCCAAAACGCAAUCGGAAGAACUGCUCGAACUCGGAAAAGUUUUGGCCGGCCUACUGUACAAUCUGAUCGACUCUUUCAGGUGAACCAUGAUCAUCCUGCUAGUGCGAGCAGCUGUGAUAAAUGUCUAGCAGAGUGGGAAGAGACAAGAGGUGAACGCGAGGAUAAUGAUCCACAGCUCCAUUAUGGCAUCAUUGCUUCUGGCAAUAAGGUCAUUAAGCACGGGCAGACAAGAGAUCAACUUCGUUUAGAGACUGGAGCAUUAUGCUUCGAAAUGGAGGCAGCUGGCCUGAUGCUGGACUUCCCCUGCGUUAUUAUCCGCGGUGUUUGUGAUUAUGCCGACUCGCACAAGAAUAAGGAGUGGCAGGGAUAUGCUGCCCUAGCAGCUGCAGCAUAUACAAAAGAGCUUCUAGCAUAUGUUCCUAUUGGCCACGUAUCACAAGAAAACUUGGUAGUAGACAUAUAUAACGGGUUGAAGGCCGAAAUUGAAGGCACAAAUCAACGCCUAGACCAAGCAUACAGUCAACAAGAACGACAUCAUCGUGAGAAGGUUACGUUUACUUUGACAGAUCAGCAAAACCGUUGUCUCCAAACAUUCAAAAUAUCAACUUAUGAGGAGCGAAAGAACGUCAAUCCGAGAAAAGUGGAAGGAACCUGCCUAUGGGCUUUACAGAGCGCUGAAUACAUCCGUUGGUCAGAGAGCAGCUGUAACGAUCUUCUAUGGGUGUCUGCCGAUCCAGGUUGUGGAAAAUCUGUGCUUGCCCGUUCGAUAAUUGAAGACCACUUAGAAAUGUUGGGUUCUGAAGCUACAAUCUGUUACUUCUUUUUCAAGGACAACGAUGAACAAAACCGUCUUGCUUUAGCACUAUGCUCGGCACUCCAUCAGCUUUUUAGCCAGCGGCCUCAGCUCUUGUAUCAUGCUAUACCAUCUUGGGAAAAGAAUGGGGAGAAGCUCCAGCAAGAGGUUGAUGAAUUAUGGAGAAUUUUUACAACCGUUGUAUCAUCAGACAAAUUAUGCAAGAUAAUUUGUAUAUUAGAUGCGCUUGAUGAAUGCUGUGAAAUUGAUCAAAAUCGACUGAUUAAGAAGCUCCGGUCAUUUCACCGCCUAUCACAUCCAGAGACACAGGAUAACUGGUUAAAAUUUCUAGUCACUAGUCGCCCUUAUGCUGAUAUCCAGAAUAAGUUUCGAGAGAUCACAGACUAUUUCCCACAUCUUCAUCUAGAAGGAGAGAAAGAAAAUGAUCAGAUCCGCCAAGAAAUCGAUCUUGUCGUGAAGAUGCGAGUAAAGGAGCUCGCUGAAAGAGCAGUGUUAUCACGGGACACAGAGCAGCGACUCGAGCGACAGCUCCUGCAAAUGGAGCACCGUACAUAUCUCUGGCUACAUCUAGCCAUUAACGAUAUUCGAGCUACAUUCGAGAACAGCCUUCGCCCGGCUGAGGAGUCAAUCAAGGUGAUACCUCAGUCAGUAAAUGAGGCAUACGAGAAGAUUCUCAGUCGAGUGCUCUCCUCUCAAGUGGAUAUUGCGAGGAAGAUCUUACAAAUUAUCGUUGCAGCACGGCGCCCUUUAACCACGGCGGAAAUGGCUAUGGCGCUCGGUAUUGCCACAUCCCCACAAGCCCAAACUGCAGCAAAGGCUGGACUUGAAUCAUUCCAGAUCGAUAAAAAGCUUCGUCGAUUAUGUAGCAUUUUUGUUUUCGUCAAUAACUCCAAGAUCUAUCUAAUUCAUCAGACAGCCAGGGAGUUUCUUAUUAGGAAGAGUUGUUCUAACAAUAUUAACCAUUUAUACUCGUGGAACCUUACUGAUGCUGAGGACCAAAUGGCUGCUAUCUGUUUACGAUAUCUACUGAUGGAAGAUCUGGAACACGAUGAUGACGAUACAUGCUCUGACAUUCGAAAAUUCCUAGAUUAUUCAGCAUUAUAUUGGCCGGACCAUAAACGGAGGAUGAGUUUAACCCAAGACCAAGAAGCGACCGGUCAAGUUCAGCAAAUGUACGAUAUGAGUGGAAAAAGAUUUUCAUUGUGGUUCCCUAUCUUUUGGAAGUCCAUCGAAAGCCAUAUAGCUCCGCCAUCAAUGACUGCUUUACAUCUGGCAUCAUUUAACGGGCAUGAGCGGGAGGUUAAGUUUCUAUUGUCUCUUGGUGGAAAGGAUAUCAAUUCGACCGAUAGCACCGGAACCUACCCUAUCAUCUGGGCCUCACUGAAUGGUCAUGGGAAGGUGGUACGGGUACUGUUAGAGAAAGGAGCUGAGGUUAAUGCUCAAGGUGAAAGGUAUGGAAAUGCUUUACAAGCUGCGUCUUUCGGAGGGCACGUUAGGAUUCUGGAGUUGCUGCUAGAGGAAGGAGCCAAGGUCAACGCUCAAGGUGGAAGCUAUGGAAAUGCGCUCCAGGCAGCGUCUUCUGGAGGACACGACAACAUCGUGCAGUUGCUGCUAGAGAAAGGAGCCAAGGUCAACGCUCAAGGUGGAAGCUAUGGAAAUGCGCUCCAGGCAGCGUCUUCUGGAGGACACAAUAAAAUUGUGCAUAUACUGCUAGAGAAAAGAGCCGAUGUUAACGCCCAGGGUGGAGAGUAUAGAAAUGCUCUCCAAGCUGCGUCUUUUGGAGGGCAUGAUAUGGUCGUGGAGUUGCUGCUAGAACAUGGAGCCGAUGUCAACGCUCAAGGUGGAGAGUAUGGAAAUGCGCUCCAGGCAGCGUCUUUCAGGGGGCAUGAUAGGGCCGUGGAGUUGCUGCUAGAACACGGAGCCGAUGUCAAUGCCCAAGGUGGAGGGUAUGGAAAUGCUCUCCAAGCUGCGUCUGUGGAAGGACAUGAUAGGAUUGUGGAAUUGCUGCUAGAGAAAGGAGCCAAGGUCAACGCCCAAGGUGGAAGCUACGGAAAUGCUCUCCAAGCUGCGUCUUCUAAAGGACAUGAUAAUAUUGUGGAGUUGCUGCUUGAGAAAGGAGCCGAGGUCAAUACCCAAGGUGGAGGAUAUAGAAAUGCUCUCCAAGCUGCAUCUUUCAGAGGAUAUGAUAGGAUUGUGGAGUUGCUGCUAGAGAAAGGAGCUAAGGUCAACACCCAAGGUGGAGGAUAUGGAAAUGCUCUCUAUAUUGCGUCUUUCGGAGGACAUGAUAGGAUUGUGAAGCUACUGCUAGAGAAAGGAGCCAAGAUCAACGCUCAAGGUGGAAGCUAUGGAAAUGCUCUCCAAGCUGCGUCUGUGGAAGGACAUGAUAGGGUUGUGGAGUUGCUGCUAGAGAAAGGAGCCAAGGUCAACGCCCAAUGUGGAGAGUAUGGAAAUGCUCUCCAAGCUGCGUCUUCUAAAGGACAUGAUAGGAUUGUGGAGCUGCUGCUUGAGAAAGGAGCCGAUGUCAGCACUCAUGGUGGAAACUUCGGAAAUACUCUUCAAGCUGCGUCUUUCGGAGGGCAUGAUAGGGUCGUGGAGUUGCUGCUAGAACACAGAGCCGAGAUCAACAACCAGGAUGGACACUAUGGAAAUGCGCUCCAGGCUGCGUCUUUCGGAGGGCAUGAUAAGGUCGUGGAGUUGCUGCUAGAACACGGAGCCGAUGCCAACGCUCAAGGUGAAUACUAUGGAAAUGCGCUCCAGGCAGCGUCUUCUGGAGGACACGACAACAUCGUGCAGUUGCUGCUUGAGAAAGGAGCCAAGGUCAACGCUCAAGGUGGAAGCUAUGGAAAUGCGCUCCAGGCAGCGUCUUCUGGAGGACACAAUAAAAUUAUGCAUAUGCUGCUAGAGCAAGGAGCCGAUGUCAAUGCUCAAGGUGGAGAGUAUGGAAAUGCUCUCCAAGCUGCAUCUUUUGGAGGGCAUGAUAGGGCCAUGGAUUUGCUGCUAGAACACGGAGCCGAUGUCAAUGCUCAAGGUGGAGAGUAUGGAAAUGCUCUCCAAACUGCGUCUUUUGAAGGGCAUGAUAGGGUCGUGGAGUUUCUGCUAGAACACGGAGCCGAUGUCAACACUCAAGGUGGAUACUAUGGAAAUGCUCUCCAAGCUGCGUCUUUUGGGGGGUAUGAUAGGGUCGUGGAGUUGCUAUUAGAACACGGAGCCGAUGUCAACGCUCAAGGUGAAUACUAUGGAAAUGCGCUCCAGGCAGCGUCUUCUGGAGGACACGACAACAUCGUGCAGUUGCUGCUAGAGAAAGGAGCCAAGGUCAACCAACGCUCAAGAGCCGAUGUUAACGCCCAGGGUGGAGAGUAUAGAAAUGCUCUCCAAGCUGCGUCUUUUGGAGGGCAUGAUAUGGUCGUGGAGUUGCUGCUAGAACAUGGAGCCGAUGUCAACGCUCAAGGUGGAGAGUAUGGAAAUGCGCUCCAGGCAGCGUCUUUCAGAGGGCAUGAUAGGGCUGUGGAGUUGCUGCUAGAACACGGAGCCGAUGUCAAUGCCCAAGGUGGAGGGUAUGGAAAUGCUCUCCAAGCUGCGUCUGUGGAAGGACAUGAUAAGAUUGUGGAGCUGCUGCUAGAGAAAGGAGCCAAGGUCAACGCCCAAGGUGGAAGCUACGGAAAUGGUCUCCAAGCUGCGUCUUCUAAAGGGCAUGAUAACAUUGUGGAGUUGACAGAAUAUCAUGAUGUUUUGGCAUUGCUCAUGCCAAGGCCGGUGCCAAGGAUCAAUGCUUUUAAGAUAAAGGCCAAGUCCUAA